AGAUUCCGUCAAAUACCUCUAUGUAUGUGCGCGGUACGCGUUUCAUGUGGAAUACAUUUUAGUGCUUUGGAUUAUCUGCAUUGACUUUAAUUAUUUGUCACCUGUCAGUUGGGAGUUGCGAGCAACGGUAUCUUUCUCUUCCCACUGUCGAAACACUAGGAUGUUUAAAUCAACAACGAAAGGGACGAGAAGGCAAAUGUCACAGUUUGCAUAACCACCAAUGUUGUGUUACGUACUUACCUUUUAUGCGGCAUGCUAUGUAUUUCCUACGAUCAAAUCUUCCGAAUUCUCCAAAUACAGUCAACUUAGAGAAUCUGGGCUUUAUCUCAAUCUGACAAAUACAGAUUUCGUAAUUCCUAUUGCAUUAACAAAAAGUAUUAAAAUAUGAUGAGUCUUGUUCAAUGUGUACUAAUGUUGAUAAAACUUCACGAUGUCGGUGCAACUUUCAAUUGACCAUAGGAUUAACUAGUUGCAGAAACCUCAACUUCCAAAUAGUUGGUUCAGCGGACGACCUGAUUAACCCUUUAAUUUAACAACAGAAUCUUACGGUGACAAUGCCAAGUACUGUACCCACUUGUCCGCUCCAUUGUGCCACAUGUUUCGAAGAUUUGACUAGUCAAGCAGAAGUUAAAUUCGAAAAGAAAAACCCUAGGCUGGUCUGUAAAUCUUUGGGAAAAUUACUCGACGAAGGAAAGAAACACAGAUUGACUGGGGACGAUGAAAUGGCUUAUAUAGUUUAUAUGCGAUGGAUUCAGUGUAUUCGGUGGCUCCAAAAAACGCCUGAUUUCACAGAAAACAAAGAAUUCCUCAAGCCUUAUGUUUCGGGGUCUAAGGUGAAGGAGAUACUAAGUCUUUUGGAAGAGAUUGCCGAUAGAUUGAAAAACAGGUAUAAAGUGAAACGAUUAGAAGAAAAUACUAAACAUAUAGUGAAUACUGUUGACAAAGUGAUAAUUGAAAGUGAUCACAUAAACGAUGAUGAUUUAUUGAAUGAAGUUGGGGAUAUCGAGCUGAAUUUACCUGACACACCGACGGAUGAUCCGGAUACGAAACAGACUGAAACAUCAAUAACAUGCAUGGAGAUGUUUCAAGAAAUGCAAAAACUGGGUGAUCGAAUAAUAGUAAUCGAUAUUAGACAGCAAGGAGAUUUUCAAAAUUCACAUGUCACCAGCAACCAAUGCGUUAACAUUCCAACUGACAUAAUAAAGACUGGAAUACUAGCUACUGACCUUUUUAAACGAUUGAAUGGAGAUGAGCGAACAUGUCGAGUUAUUCGCCACAGAGCUCGGGAAUACUGCGACCUGAUAGUAUUGUUAGAUUGGCAGUCGACGAAAGCCUCAUUGCAAUCAGCCAAUCAAUUGAAUGUGCUGAGGAAAAUACUGCUUGAGUGGGAUCCAGGUGUAGCUUACGAGAGGAUAGUUGUACUGGACGGAGGUUACAAAGAAUGGUUAAAUUGUUUCCCUACGCUGACUACAAAUCCUGGUGUAAUGCCCCCUGACAUUGAGGAUAACAGCAUGGCAAGAAUCUUGGAAGAAGUGGAAUACCCAGAGUGGAAUCAAUCGGACGAAGACCAACCAAUGUCAGAAAUAAAGGUUAAGCAGAUUCCAGCGAGGAGUUUGAAACCUAUGUUAAAUGAGAAGAAAAAUUCACAAAUUACAUAUACCAAUACUUUGGAUAGUCGAAAUAUUAAUAAAAAGAACAACAAAUACUCUUCUAUAUUAACUGGCACAUUAAAAGUCCAAGCAGACUUUAUUGAUGAUCAGCCAAAAGCUGUAAUUUUACCAAAAAAGACAACAGCAAAUUUGCACCCUAGCAGUUUAUGGCUCAGCCAGAAUGAUGAAGCACGAAGUAUAAUAAUUGAAUCUGCAGAAAGCAACAUUAAAAAACCAGCAGUCGAUCGCAGUAGUAAACCUAAUAUUGAAAAAACUUAUGAUGUGGAUUCCGAGAAGGUGCUAAACUUAUUAAGGUUGAAAAGUCAUGCGGUAAACACUCAGUUGAAAUUGGCAAAAAAGAAGUUGUUGUUGGAGAGUCAGUUAAUUCGUAGAGAUAACGACGAUGAUAGCUCGCAGCUGGAGACUGAAACAUCGAAACAAACGAUAACCAUAAAUGAGGCUAUGAUUGAAAUGACGAAACAAAUCUCAAGUAUUAAAGAAGCAUUGGACAGAUGCAAACGGGAGGGAAUCAAAGUGAAUCCUAAACAUCACGACGAAGAAGUUAGACUUGAACUUGAUAUUGGCGUUGCUGAGCAGGAAGCCCAAUAUCUGGCGAUUGAGCAAAGAGUACUCGUAAGCGAACGAGAUAAAAAGCAUGAGGAAAAUGAAGAAAUUAAACGUAAAAAUAUGUCUACUCCACCAACUGCUAUUGAAAAGGAUAUGCAAAAAACACCUUUAAAACAGGAUGGACAGAUAAGGAACAGUGCUCUUAAACGAUCAUAUUCUAGUCCAAACCUCGUGAAGUUGGAAACUCGCAAUGAGUCGGCCAUCCGAGGUCUUGACUAUAAAACACCACAAGUCGACAGAACAUCAAAGCCUCUGGUACAACAUCAACAUAAAAAUAAUAUUAUGAACAAUACCUUUAUCAACACUCAACCUUUGAGGAGGGAUCGGGAACAGAGGAUGAAUCCAGUGUUUGGAAACAUGCAUCCUGGUAUAACUGGACUCAAAAACCUUGGAAACUCUUGCUACAUGAACAGUAUAAUUCAGUGCCUGAGUAACACCACUAGCUUGGCAAGAUAUUUCAUUCACGGACUUUAUACCGACGAUUUAAAUACAAAAAAUAAAAAGAACCAAGGUCAAGUUGUUGAAGAAGUCGCGCAGGUGAUCAAGGCGCUUUGGUGUGGUCAUUAUCGAAGUAUAUCACCCAGAGAUCUCAAGGUAGCAAUUGGGCAGUACAAAAUGCAGUUCGAGAGCUAUGAGCAGCAAGAUUCUCACGAAUUUCUAACAUUCCUGUUAGACUGGAUGCAUAACGAUCUUAAAACGAAGGCGAAACCGGAAUCAGAUCGCCCGAUUAGUAAUGCAGAAAAGGAAUGGGACAAAGCUCUGGAUGGUCAAACUUCUAUAAUAUCUCAGUUGUUUUUCGGUCAACUUAGAUCCACCAUCAGCUGUGCUACAUGUGGAGACAGUAGCACAACCUAUGAAAGUUUCAACAGUCUGACAUUAUCUCUUCCAGAUACCAAUCGAUGUACUCUAGAUGACUGCAUAAGGAAGUAUGUAAGUGGACAACGAGUUUCGGGAUGGAGAUGUCCAAGCUGUAAAACUGCAAGAGAUGCGACGAAAAAGUUUGACUUUGUUAAACUGGCACCAAUAAUAGUAAUUCACCUAAAUAGGUUUGGCGAGACUGGUGGAUGGAUACAAAAAAUAAAUACUGCGGUCGAUUUCCCCCUUGUUUCACUAGAUCUAAGGAGUUAUGUAGCAUACGAUUCUGGAAGUACCAUUACUGUGCCAAACUCUUAUCAACAAACUUAUAAUUUGUAUGCAGUUUCGAAUCACUAUGGAACUAUGGAUGGUGGCCAUUACACUGCCUACUGCAACAGCGCUUCACAAAAUAAAUGGUACAAAUACGAUGAUCAUACAGUACGAGAGGUACCACCAAGCGAGGUGAAAUCACAAACUGCUAGUGCUUACUUACUCUUCUACACAUCUGUUCCAAAUUCACCUUACAUAGGUCUGGCAAAACUUAUAAUCCAGAGAAAUAUGUAGCAAACCCUACAAAAAAAAAAUCAGAAUAUUGGGCAUUGGGUAUUUAAUGGAGCUGCGAGAAAAUGUCCACAGUCUCAACACAAACUGGUUAUCUUACCAUAGCAUCCCAGGUUAAUUAUAAUCUUAUAGUUUCUGUAUACUGUUAUUACUAAAGAGAUUCGGAGAAGUAGUUACACGCAGGUUAGUUUUAAUUUUAAUUUCACUAUAUUGUUACUACUGAAACGAUUCUGGAAAAUUAGGUACAUAGGGAGUAGCGCAAAUGGUUGAUCGAAUACGAUUUUGUGCCGAGACUUGCA